AUGAUGGCGGCAGAUGAAGAUAAUCAAGACAUACACAAUUCACUGGGAGAGACAAGUUUUGAAGGUCGUCUUCAAUUGAAGAAUUUCGUGUUUAACGGGUCGAGCCAAAGCUCAUCGUCUAUAUCACCACGUCGAAGCCAGAGGCUACUGACACCUCAGUCUGCCGCCUCAUCUCAGGGCUCACUCUCACUAUCAUCAAAAACGCCACCCAAAUCAAAGAAGCGCAAAGCGCCCUCGGGGGUAUCAGAAGCAGAUGAGAGUAGCAGAAAAAGUACACCCCCAGCAUCGGCCUCAUCCUCUCCAAAAAAGCGAUCUCGAGGACCGUCUUCAUACGCCCCGCCCUCAACAUACGCACACUUACCCCUACUCCCAGACGCAAUCGCGCCAAACCUAUUAAUCUUCUUCAUCGGGCUGAAUCCCGGCCUCCAGACAGCGCGCGUCGGACACGCAUACGCGCACCCCUCAAACCUUUUCUGGAAGCUGCUCUACUCGUCUGGGAUCACGCCUGUCCGAUGCCACGCGUACGAGGACCAGACCAUGCCGGCGCGGUACGCGCUCGGCCACACUAACAUCGUGGCCCGCCCGUCGCGCAACGGCGCCGAGCUGAGCAAGGCCGAGAUGGACGAGGGCGUUGCCAUUCUCGAGGAUAAGUGUCGCCGGUGGCGGCCCGAGGUCGCGUGUGUCACGGGCAAGAGUAUCUGGGAAAGCGUGUUUCGCGUGCGCCAUGGACGGGCUAUGAAGAAGGGCGAGUUUAAGUAUGGGUGGCAGGAGGAGAGGAUGGGUGUUUUUGAGGGGAAUGAGGAGGAGGAGCCUUGGGAGGGGACGAGAGUGUUUGUAGCGACUAGUACGAGUGGACUUGCGGCUACGCUAAGGCCGGAGGAAAAGGAGAGGAUAUGGAAGAUUUUGGGAGAUUGGUGCGUGAAGAGGAGGAAGGAAAGAGAGGAUGCUACUGCUGAGGAUAGCAAGGAUCCUGAAAUAUCAGAUCCGGUAUAA